CCACCAUCUUCAAUGCCUCAGACCCUUCACUUCUCUCUUCUCUUCUCUCCCCAAACAUCAUUUUCCACUUUCAAGAGAAAAAAAUAAGAAGAAAGAAUCAAGUUUUGAUUAUGGGGAGGCCACCAUGCUGUGACAAAGUUGGAGUUAAGAAAGGGCCUUGGACUCCAGAAGAAGAUAUCAUUUUAGUCUCUUAUAUUCAAGAACAUGGCCCUGGAAACUGGAGGGCUGUUCCCACUAAUACAGGAUUGCUUAGAUGCAGCAAAAGUUGCAGGCUUAGAUGGACAAAUUACCUGAGGCCAGGGAUAAAGCGUGGCAAUUUUACAGACCAUGAAGAGAAGAUAAUCGUCCACCUUCAAGCUCUUUUAGGCAACAGAUGGGCAGCCAUAGCUUCUUAUCUUCCUCAGAGAACUGACAAUGACAUCAAAAACUACUGGAACACCCAUUUGAAGAAGAAGCUCAAGAACAAGAAUCUCCAGGCUGAAGCUCAGUCUAAAGAUGGCUUCUCUUCACCUUCUUCAUCACAUUCACACUCCAUUUCUAGAGGCCAGUGGGAGAGAAGGCUUCAAACUGAUAUCCACACGGCGAGACAAGCUCUAUGUGAGGCUUUAUCGCCAGAAAAAUCAAACUUGAGAUCUGAACUAAAACCCUCUAAUGGUUUCCUUUCUUAUACAAAUAACAACAGCGACCAUCCAACAACUUAUGCUUCAAGUGCCGAGAACAUAGCCAAAUUGCUCAAAGGGUGGGUUAAAAGCUCUCCCAAAUCGGCUUCUACAGCAAUGAACUCGGCUGCAACAACUCAACAGUCAUUUAACAACACAGAAUCAACUUCAAGUGAGGAGACUCCAAGAAAACUAGAGGCUUUUGAAUCAAUGUUCGGUGCUGGAAGUGGGUUUGAGUCUUUUGAUUCUUCAGCCAAUUCUGAUUUAUCUCAAUCUAUGUCUCCGGAGUCUAGCUUUUUCCAGGGCGAUAGCAAGCAAGAUCUAAAUGCUCAUCAAUUGCCGCAAUUGUCGCUGCUCGAGAAGUGGCUUUUUGAUGAUCAAAGUACCUCGAAUCUUCACGGGAAAGACUAUUUAAGUGACCUUAAAUUAGAUGAGAGUGCUGAUAUUUUCUGAAGAAGAUAAUCUUAGAGACUCUUUUUGUGCUAGAUGUUGAUGAACUGAUAGAAUUAAAUAUUCAGAAGCGACUGCGACCCCUUCAACACUAGGACACAGAGUGUAAAUUUCACAAUAUUAUGCGACCAAAUCGAGGGUUUUUGAUGAAUAAAUUCUAUAUCCAUUUACUUAGAAAAAUAUUAAUGCCAAUUAUAUUCUCCAUGCAAAUUUCUCAGCUUUCUUGUUUGUUAUAUUGAAAGUUAUAGCCGAAAUUGUAUGAUGAAAUAAAUGAAUUAUUUAUUAGGUUUUAUGAGGAUUUAA